UCUGAUUUGGCAGACGCUACCUUUCCUCGAAAGGACUUUCAUGGCUUGGUGGAACAGGAGAAGUACCGAAGCAGCUUCCAUCUUUCCGCGAGUAGUGCAUCUCGUUUGGUGCCAAAUCCGCUCGUCUUGGAAUUAUCAGACUGCUGAACUAUAUCUCCACAUAGCCGCUACAGUGCUUUAA